UGGGCGGAGUCAUGAUUUUCUUCUGUGAAAGAAAGACUGGUUUCUGCUCGACCGUUGGUCGCCAUUUUGAGGACCUCUAAGGCGCUGUUAAAGUUCUAUCUACGCAGUUAAUUUUUUGAGUUUUUUUAAAAAUAGUACUUUCGCUCACUUAAGGAUAAAUGUCUCGAUUCAACAAUAACCGUGGUGGGUACGGGAUGAAUCAGUUUCAGCCACGCCGAGGUGGAGGUCCCGGUGGCCCUAUGCGUGGCGGCCUAAUGGGAAAUCCGCAUUACCGAAACCACCCUUUCCAUAACUCCAACCAGAACCGGAGGGGAGGCAACAACAACUUCAGCGGCUCGAAUAACCAGAAUUCCCAACAGAAAUCUGCGCAAAACCAGUCGAAGCCAAUUAUUCCUCCACCGAGCCCCGGACCGGCCCUCACAAUGAAGGGCCCGAUGGAGCAACAGAAACCACCGGCCCAGCAGGAGCAGCAGAAACAGAACCCUCCUGCCGAACAGUCGAAGACCCAGACUUCAACUCCAAAACCAGAGACAACCCCCGCUCAGGCCAACCAGAACCAGCAGAUCAAGACUCCGGCUGGGAAUGCCAACGCACAGCCGCCGCAGCCGCAGACCCCACAGCAAAACCCGAAACCGAAUCCACAACAAGGCCAGAAACCUGCACCGCAACAGAGCCCCAAGCCGGUUCCGCAGCAGAGCCCGAAACCCGGUCCCCAGCAGAACCAGAGGCCCGGUCCACAGCAGAACCAGAGGCCCGGACCCCAACAGAACCAGAGGCCCGGUCCACAGCAGAACCAGAGACCCGGACCCCAACAGAACCAGAGGCCCGGCCCAAGAGCCCAACAGAACCAGAGGCCCGGACCCCAACAGAACCAACGGCCCGGUCCCCAACCAGGCCAACCAGGCCAGGCCAAACGUCCCCAACAAGGCAACAAGACCGGCCCAGUCCAGGGUUCGGGCCCAAAGCCGCCCCAGAGUGCGGAACCAAUGACCGAACAGAGGCCGAAAGAGGAACCCAAAAAGAGCGAACCAGGUGAAGCAGGGAUGUUCAAGGCAGCCUUGUCCAUGUUGCUGAAGCCUGGAGAGAAGUCCUACACACAGAGAUGCCGUCUGUUUGUUGGUAACCUGCCAAAUGACAUCACAGAAGAUGAUUUCAGAAAACUUUUUGCAAAGUAUGGAGAACCUUCGGAAGUCUUUGUCAACAAAGGAAAAGGCUUCGGCUUCAUCAGAUUGGAGUCGCGGGCACUGGCAGAAAUCGCUAAAGCUGAGAUGGAUGACUAUCCGAUGAAGGGCAGACCGCUUCGUGUUCGUUUUGCUACACAUUCCGCUGCACUAUCUGUGAAGAAUCUGUCUCCGUUUGUUUCCAACGAGCUCCUGGACGAAGCCUUCUCGCAGUUCGGCCUGGUCGAGAGGGCUGUCGUUGUCGUUGAUGAUCGCGGACGCUCUGCAGGGCGCGGCAUCGUGGAGUUUGCUUCCAGAGCUGCUGCUAAAAAGGCUCUGGACCGAUGCAAUGAGGGCGUUUUCCUUCUCACUGCGUCACCCCGUCCUGUAGUUGUUGAGCCUCUGGAGCAGUUUGAUUGUGAUGACGGGCUUCCUGAGAAAUUUGUCCAGAAAAACCCAAAAUUUCAAGUAGCUCGUGAGCAGCCUCCUCGCUUUCCCCGCCCUGGCUCCUUUGAAUUUGAAUAUUCAAAACGUUGGAAGUCUCUGGAUGAGAUGGAGAAGCAGCAAAGGGAGCAAGUGGAGAAGAACAUGCGUGAAGCUCGAGAGAAACUGGAGAGCGAGAUGGAAGACGCUUACCAUGAGCAUCAGGCCAACAUGCUGCGGCAGGAACUGCUGAGGCGGCAGGAAGAGCUGCGGCGCAUGGAGGAACUGCACAACCAAGAAAUGCAAAAAAGAAAGGAAAUGCAGCUCAGACAGGAAGAAGAACGGCGCCGACGGGAAGAAGAGCUUCUCAGAAAGAGGGAAAUGGAGGAACAGAUACGACGCCAGCGUGAAGAAAAUUACAGAAUGGGAAACUUCAUGGAUAGAGACGUUGACAUUCGGAUGCACGCUGGUGGCUCCUUAGGCAUGGGAGACAUGGCCUUCAGCGGAUCCGGCCAGAACUUUGCGAUGGGUGGCCUCGGCUUUGAGGGUCAGCCUGGACUGGGAUCGUCUCCAGGAGGCAUGAUGCCCAGUGAAAUGCAGCGCAGCGAGCGCUACGUGCAGGGCGGCGCUAGAGGAAUGGGCGCCGGUGCCGCAGCGUACGGCCGCGUCCGCGAGGAGUUUGAUGGCCCCAUUAAGAAACCCCGUUUUUAAACGCUGCGUUUUGUUCCAGCAGCUCUAUUUGUAAAGCUACUCCAAGACGAACAUGUUGAGUCACAAUUAUUGUAUUUAAGUUGAAUUUGUUGCAUCAUUUUAUCCAUUUAAUUGGUUCGUUUUAUAAUUAAGUCAAUACUUUUUUUUUUUUUUUUUACUUUGUAUUGCUAUUAGUGUAGAAAGGUCACCCCGGUGUGAUCCAGUUGUUCUUUCAGACCAUGUAUCUUUUUCAUUUCUAGAUGUAUUAUUCUGUGAAUCGUCGUGAAGUGAUAACUGUAACCUUUCUGAACCUCCAAUGGCUUUGUUUGUGCCACAAAAUACUAUUUGGAGUUGAAACGUGACUAUAAUAAAGAGAAACUGGUUCCAUCAGGACAAACCUUUAGCGUUUAUUCCUAAACUUCAAUUCUGAUUCCACCAUUUUCCUACAGCAAGGUGAUAACAGAAGAAAUCCUGGCAGUAAACCAAUCACAUUGGGUCUGUGAGGGUUUUAUGGGUUAAAAGUUGGAUUAAUGACCACAUACACAUGCAGUUCAGUAUUCAGUGAAGCUUCUCAGUUGGUCCAGCUGUUUGCUCUCACUCACUUCUCUUUAGUUUGCUGAUUGGUGUACAGCAGAUCACUCCAUUGAACUCUGGUAUCUCCGCUUUCAGAGCCGCUCAUUCCCAGUAGGUCUGUGAUUUGGUGAUGGAUUGACUGUAACGCUUUGUUUCAUUAUGUCAGUGUUUACUGGAAGAGUUCAAUGUGCUUGUGACCUUUUCCACACAUUUCUGAAACGUCUUAUGAUCUUUGAGUCAGAACAGUUUCAACUAGAUUACUUUUGCUUGAAUGUUCAGAGUUUUUUAUUCUCUGAUUACUGUCAAAAUGGGAUAUUUUGUUCCCAAAAAACAUUUUUGUUGUUUGAAUUUAGUCACACAAACUACAACUCAACAAUGACUUUACUAAAUAACUGCCAUCUUAAGGGCAACAAGCCCCACUAGUUGCCUCUGGGGCGUCAGACUGGUCAAACUGUGAUGCCUUGUGACUAUUUUUAAAUCUGUUUUGUUCAGCAGCGUCACAAUUACUCAGAAUUCAUACUCCAAGUAUGAACUCCCAGUAACCGGUCCUGUGUUGAGACACUGCAGCACGGUCGGUGUGUUAAAUCCUCUUAUUUCUCCGAUACUCAGUUUUAAAUGCACAGUAGUGAAUGCAUACAUUUUCUUUUUGAAAACAACUCAAGUUUGUUCUUUUAAUACAAACUUGUAUUGAUUGAAAAGAGUACAAUUCAAACUUUUGAACUUUAAAACAUUUCACAUUAACUUUUAAAAAUUGGAUAGAGGCAUUGGUAAACCCUUCCCUCUAUGUUGCACUUCAUUUUCAGUCUCAAGUUUGAAGUAUGAAAAUAAUUUUCAUGAAAUAGAUAUUUCUAAUCUAUUUUAUUAGACAUAUCUAUGUCUAAUCUGUACAAUAUGCCAGAUUCUGUACUAAAAGUCAUCAAAUUUUUGUCUUUUGCAAAGAGGGGGAAAAUUUGACCCUUUAGCAGCUGAGUGAGCUCACUGCAUGUAGCACUUAGCAUUCGUCAACAGCUCAUUGAUUAGCCUUAGUUUAUUGAUUUUGCUGGAUCCCAACAACGGACUUGAUGACACUUUCUGUGUUUGGACUUGCGUUCUUUGAGGAUCGCCUGUUUCUCACACCAGCUGGUUGCUCUUCUGUGCUGCAUCCAUCUUUCUCUUACUGUGAGAAUUGCUUUAGUUUUGACGUCCUCCAGUUUACAUGAACUCUGUUUGAUCUUUUUCUUUUCACCUAGUUGCCAUGUUGUGACCUGUUGUACACACAUUCUUGGCAUUCAAGUUUCAUAUGGUUCUGCAUGUAAAUGUCGUUAUUAGUCAAGUCUGAGUUUGAAUUGAUACAAUAAGAGUGGUUUAUCAAGAAGAUGAAGUUUCUGCACUUCAGCAAAUGUGUCUGAAAAUGUUUGUUUCAAAGGCAGAACGACUUGAUUACAGUCAAUGAGCAGCUUUAAUGAGCAGCUCUAAGUUCUGAUGGCAGAACCCAAUAUGUUUCAAGAUUUUAUUUUAUUUUUUGUUAAUAAUGAUCUUUCAUCCAUUGCUUGAGUGGUCGUACCUUAAACCUAAAAAUAAAACCAUAAAGAGAAAACUCAGUAUGAUGUUUUUAGUUACUGAGCAUCAUGGUGUCAGUAUUUAAUGGGGAAGUCUCUCUUUCCACCUCUAGUUUCAGACUGCCAGACUUUGCCUAAAUAACAAUGUCGGAUUCCUCGGUUGUUUGUGUGACACCAUUUUGAAUAUCUGCUGGAUGACAAUGCUAAUUGCUGGGGUGAUGAUGCGCUUCUUGUAAUUGUCUACUUCGACAAGAAGAAAAGAACGCACAAAUACCAAUUUCUCACCAAAAUCUUGGCAUUUAUUUUAUACCUUGUUCCUGAGGGAUAAAUGAUCCUCUGUUUAAAGCAGCAGACAUCUCCUCAUUUAAGAGCAAGCGUUGUUGUUGUUCUGUUGCUCAUGACCUGACACCUUAUGUGUUUAGCGCCACCUUUUGAGAGGGAGGAGUAUUGUCCUUGCUGCUUGGUACCGUUAAAAAACUGGACUGCAGUUGGAUCUUCACAGGGUCCUUACUGGCCACCAUGUCCAGAAAACAAUCUUUAUUUCACUCGGGUUUCAGAGUGAAGUAGACUGGAAGCUGGCGUCUCAACUGCACUUUCCUGUUCGUAGUUUAACAUCCCAAAUAAUUACAUGGUCAGAAUAUACACUUAACAAAUACUGACUAAAUUUAUAAACAUUGAAAAGCAGUUUGGAUUUCAACUUUCCACCCUAUGUGAUGAAAUGAUUUUACUGCCAGCUUUGGCCUCUGAGCACAAUUAUGAAUUAAGGGCCUUAAAAAAAAAGGUUGUUUCACUUUUUUUUAUUUAAAGUUUUAAAGAAUCUGAAUCACAUCUUUUACUCUGGACUUAAAGUUCAUACAUUUAUCAAUUUAGACAGUUGACCACUGCUGAAGAGAUUUUUCAUUUUUAUUUUUUGUGAAAACCCAAACUUGGUGGGUUUUGGCAUGAGGAUCACCUGUGAUGGAAUCCUUGCUUGAAAACCCAGAAGUUGGAGAGGACAUGUAACCAACGUGUAAACAUCCUGUUUUUAAAAAAGGUAAUGUAUUUUUCAGCUUUAAUAUGUACGGAAAUAUUAAAGUCCCAUAAUAAAUGUCUGCGACCUUUUAUCAAUAAUUAUUGGAGAUCUAUUGUGACUAAACGUGACAUAUUUUUAGCCUUUUAGUGGAUUGUGAAUAAAAACAUGGUGUCAUUUUUAAAAAUUAACAUAAAUGUUUCACAAAUCAUCUUGUCCAUAUUUCAAAAGUGUUCUGGAUAAUUUUUGAAACUUUCAUAACUACUGACAACUUUUGUCAGAACCUGAAUAACAGAAAAUUACAUUUACAGCUAAUCCAAAAAAUAUUCAAAUCCCUGGCAGUUUUAAUGUAGACAUAAGUCUGCUUCUGUUUGUAAAUCACUCAAAAUCGCCCAAUUGGGUCACCGGAAAAACAAAAUGCAUGUUACGGUUAUGAACACUAACUCAUAAUACAGCAGUUAAAUGCUUUCUAUAAUUGCCAAGCAGUUGUUUGCAUUUUUUACUCUGGGCAAAUGUUAUUACUUCCAGUUGGUACAAUUCAGAUUAAUCUUAAAUCUUGAUCUGGCUGGCGUAUAAAUAAUUAUGGACCUUCAUGCGUUAUGGUGAGCUUUUUCCAUGUUGUACCUUCUGAUUGAUUCCCAAAAGAAACUUUGAAACAGAUUCAGAUGUCAGUUUUUGGACCUUUUUAUUUUGUCGUUUUUAUCUGUCAAACUUUUUUUCAGCUUCUUUUUGUUUUAUUUUAUUGAAGCUAGAAGACGAGAAACACCAGUUCACAACCUGUCGACGAAAUGCACUUUACCAAAAACUGUCCUUUCAGUUCAAUCAUGGACUUCCCAAAUCAAUUAAACCCAAUCUAGUUGAUCCCAGUUAUCAAACAAUCCACCAAGUGUAGAUUAGCGGUUUUCUAUCUAAGGAAACUCAACAGAUUGCAUCAGAUUAACUUCCACCUCUCACUCCUCCUGGAUGAGGAUGUAGCAACAGUGAAGAGGGAAAAACUCCCCUGUAACAGGAAGCAACUUUCAGCAGAACCAGAUCCGGACUCACUUUGAACGUCCGUCUGCUACAACCGAUUGGUGGUUUGGGAAGACAGAACACACAAAAACACACAAGCACUGAUUCAUCCGUCCAUUAUCUUACAUAAUCUUCCCUAUCUGGGUUGCGAGAAGUGCUGGUGUCUAUCUUCAAUGGGAAAGAGACGCGGUGCGACCUGGACGCAUCGCCAGUUCAUCGCAGGGCAACAGAAACAGAUAGGACAAACAACCAUGCACACACACAACCACACCUACGGAGAGUUUAGAGACCAAUUAACCGGAGUACCCUGAGAGAACCCACCAUGCAAACUCCCCCAGCCGGGAAUCGAACCCAGGACCUUCUUGCUGUAAGGCAACAGUGCUACCAACUGCACCACUGUGCAGCGCAGUGCUUUCUAUGUUAGAGAAAAAUAAGACAUUAAUGUCAGCAGUAGCUCAUUUAGAGGCUUCAUCUGGGUGAGAAACACCCAAAGAGAAACUCCGAGCCACUUUUACAGGCUAGAGAAGAACAUAUAGAGCUAAACUGAACACAAAACCAGGCACAGCUUAUUUGAAGAAAUAAAACAAGAAUGUAAAGUUUAAAGCUUUACAGCAAAUAAUGCAAUUGGAGAGUAGUAGGAGAAAAUAGGAAAGUGAGGUCAUUUUGACUUCCAGCAGCCUCAGUCUGCAGAGAAAACCCAAGAUAAUCUGAAUCAGACCAUCAGCUUUAUUGAGAAGGAAAGUUUAAAGCCUCCACUUCAAAGUUGUGUAAGAAUGUUUAAAUGCUACUUCCCAAAGAUUGAAUCAAUAUUGGAGUUUAUAACGGGUAAGCGAUUAUAUAAACUUAAUGAAAGCCAUAUUUUCAACCAAAAUCAAAUCAUACGUGACUUUUAAGAUUGGAUAAAUGUGGCUUGUUCUGCUUGGCUGUUACAUGUUUCUGUUGUAUGAAUGUUUUCUUUAACAGGUCUGACCAGCUGUAAAGGUUUUGGACUGUAAGACAUUGUAACACGGAUUUAAUUUAUAGAUCCAAGCAGCAGACAUGCUUUGUUUUAUAGUAUUUCUGGUUAUUUCUACAAGGACGAAUAGCUUUAUGGUAAGAUGAUUUUACAAGAUCAACACCCUUGCUGGGAUUUUUCUCCUGAUCUUUCCUCGGUGAAAUGAUUUCCUCUAUUUUUGGGAAAAAUUAUUUUUUAUAGUAUCACAAAUAUUUAGUUCAAAUAAUAUACUACUUGUUCUUUAAUGCAAUUUUGAAUACAAGUCCUCUUGUUUUGUCCAAUGUACUAAAAUCUUAUUGGCUCAAAAAGCUGAAGUUUGAGAUUUUGGAUGAAGUUGUGAUGAUAAUUUUCACAUCCUUCUGUUUGAGUAGAAAUCCUUAUUUACCCCCACAGCAUUAAUUAUUGUUUGUAAAAUGAGUUAUGUAAAUACUUAUGAUUUAAUGUGGUAAAUGAUGUAAAUUUGGCCUCACCGGAUUAAUGCUUUAGAUGACUUGCAAAAUAAAGGUUAUUCCUUCAUUGGAAAACGUUUUUAAAUGCUUUCAUAUAAUUUUCUAAUUAUACAAUAAGCAUUGAUGCAGGAAUUGAAGGAUGUUUGGACAUCUUGGAGUAACUGAAAAACCAAAUAAAACUGCAUAUAUCAAUGUUUAGCUUUUAUUUUCACAAUUAAACAGAAAACUAUCAUGCAUAGCAAGAUGUCAGUCAUAGUACUGAUUUAGCUAAGUUGUGUAUUUGUAUUGCUGUGUCUCUAUGUUGGUGUUGUAUACAAUUUGUUCUUCUUUAACAGGUUUGAUCAUCUUUAAGAUGUUGGACUAUGGAAAGGAACCAAGAAAGUCUGUAGCUUCUUCUGGACCGUAUUAGUUUAGUCUGUAUAGUGAAGAAAAUAGGACCAAGCACUGAACCCUGUGGUACUCCACAAGUAAUCCUGAUGUGUGAAGAUUUUUUUAACAUGAACGAACCAUAAUCUGUCAUGAAAAUACAAUCUAAACCAGAUUGGUGCUGUUCCUGGAUCUCUGCAGCAUGUUGGAGUCAUACAAUGAAUAAUGUGAUCUAACAGAACCAGAACAUGGAUCCAUUAUCUGAGGCCAUGAAAAUAUCAUUAAUUUUAAAUGGUAUCAGAAACUUCUGGUAUGAAGAUCAUAAAUGAAAGCCAGGCACUGCAAUAUGUUCCUGAUGUAUCACUGGUCAUAUGUUUAGUGCAGCCUGUCUGGUUAACUCAGAAGGAUCAGAGUUCACCAGGAAACGUUGCUCACAUGUAGCUGAGCUUUUUAACCACAAACAACAAAAAUAGACAUGAAAAUCGUUGUUUUUUGGCAGUAAGAGCUGUGCUCCAAACAGCAAUAGGAAAGUUUGAAACUAAUCGUCAGUGACAUAUGACACAAAAUCCCCUUUAAUAAAAAUAAAGUUUGAACUGUUUUGUUCUUCAUAGCUUUUUAUGUGGCCUUCUAGUCUCAAGAUAAGUUUAUCUUGAGACUGCCAAAUUACGCCAAUUUGAAAGGUGUUCAAUAUUAAUUUUAAGAAAUAUGCAAGUUUUAUUACAUCAAAUCCAGGAACUGCUAUUGAUGUUUUGUCAGUUUGUCUGUUUUCAUUCUGCCACAAUCGGCCCUUUGAGGACAUUUGUAAUCUUGAUAUGGCUGAAAAUCAAAGACUUUGAUGCCACUGAUCUAUUGAUCUCAGUGGAUUAUAGUAAAUAGCCAAUAUUUAGGCAUAAAAUGGCUCACUGACAUUAAUCACCUGUGUUGGAAAAAUGCUUUAAGUGAUUUUUAUCAACAGUGGAAGAAACGGGACUUAUUUCACGUCAGGUUUGAAUUAGGCUUAAACCCCAGUAGUUGAUUUUUACUAAGAAUUUUCUGCAGUUUAGCCUUUUGACUAUUAUGAACAAAUUAUUUUGGUGAAGUUUUUUUUUUCCAGAUUUCAUCUUGUAAAUCUGCUUUAGUGCUGACAUUCUCAUAGUUUUACUGUAGCACUGACCUGGAGGCUACCUUUGGUCUGAAACUAUUUAAUUUCUGACCUCUUAGUGAAUCAUUUUGCACUAUUUGUGCAUUCUGCUAUCCAAAGGAAAAAUGUCAGCAUUGUUUCGUCAGUUCAUCAUUAACUCCUGUUUACCUCCUUUGCAGAAGCCCUUUCGUUUCUCAUGUGCUGCUCUGGUAAAAAAAAAUAAACUUGCAGAGUAUAUACUUCCCUCGUUAAUCAUCUAACAGUUGGUGCUGCCAUAGUUUGGAUUCCUUCGACGGUUGAAAACCAAAGUUUUCUCUUAACUCUGAAGCAGAUGCUUUAUCAGCCAUGGUUGUUUUUAGAAAUGAGCUUUGUUGAUGUUUCUCACCACACAGAAAAACAAAGCUUUGGGUUUAUAGUAAUUUAUAAUAUUGUUGACGGUAUCUAAUGUCAUGACUAUGGUUCAUGGCAGCUGUUGUAAUUGACUGUUUCAACGCAAUUUUAAGAAAACAUUUUAAUUUAAUGUCCAUUAAAUUCAGUUUAUAUCAUCAUCAAUUCUCAACUCAAGGCACUUUGCAAGACAACUGAUUUAGUUAAAAUCAAGAAAUGCUUAUUCAUCUCACUGCACUCAAAUGGAUUUAUUCAAAUUCAUUAAUAAAAUCUCCCAUUUGAUCCUCAUUUUAAUGCAGUGCAAUGUAGCUUAUUACACCCAACAGUGAAAGGCUGUUUAUCCAACACACCCAGCCAGUUGGAGCAAGGAGCAAACCUUCCUUCCAACUAAUUGAUUGGAGUCGAUAUCGUUUCAGCAGUCGCCUAUCAUGAACAGGUAUGGAAUGAUGGUGGAAGACGAUGGUAGUCAGAAAAGGUAGUCUAUGUAUUCUCCAGCAGUCCAUGCCUAAAGCAGCAUAACUAGAGAUAUUUCAAGAUGGGUACAGCUGGUUUAUAUUCUGAACUUUUUCUAAAAGGUCAAGUUUUAAAAGUGUGUUGGAAAAAACACACUUGAUAAAAGAUCUGCCUCCCAUUCUACUUCACUACUGCACUUUGAAGUGCUCUGUUGGGAACAUAUGGACCAAUCAGAUCUCAUAUUUGUGAUGAGUCUUAUGGAUUUUAUGGAUCUGCUUCAGUUUUUAACUUUGUGGUUGUAAAGAAUUACAAUAGUUCAGCCUUAGAGUAACAAACACAUGGACUAGUUUUCCUGUCACUGUGGUAUGAAAUGUUUUUCAUUUUGUAAACUUGUGCAGGUGAAAGAAGGAACCUGUCCUGGUCAAAGGUGAUGCGAAGUCUUUGUAUUACUGGAGAUCCAAGUUAAGUACGGAGUUUGUUUUUCAGAUGCUCUGCUCCAAAGAGCUUCUACAUUGUCUGAAUUUAACAGCAGAAAACUGAGUUAUUCAAGUUUGUAUCUCUUUAAGAAAUGUGUGUAGUCUGCCUAAUUUAUUGGAUUCAUCAGGCUUUGAGUAUAUCAUUUGCAUAAUUGUGUAAAUAUACCCCAUUCUGUCUGCUUUAACGGAAGCACAUACACAACGAAGAAAAGGGAUCCAAGCACACGACUCUGUGGUACUCCAUAAUGAACGUGAACAAAUUAUCUGUAAGAUAAAUAUCUAAAUCAGCCUGAUGCUGUCUAUUUAUUGCUCUUUUUGUAAGAAAAGUAUUGUGAUCAACUGGAUCGAAAGCUGUCUGAUCACUAGCUGCGUUUCCAUUGACUAUAAAAUUGUGUAAAUUGCAAUUACAAGAAUAAAUUUGCUUGGAAAUGCCUAUUUAGAAAAAAAAACACCAAGUUUUUGUGCUAAGUUGACAGGGUAGUUAUUCUACUGCAUCAAAAUUGGUGUACUCCACAAAACAGCAGUGGUAAACUUUUUUUUUUUUUUUUUUUUGCAUCACAUGAAUUAUGAGAUCAACAACAGGAUGUUCCUACUGGCAGAAAUGACAAAGAUGACAGGAAGUGAUGGGAGUAAAAUGGUAUGGCAUGUUUUUCAAUAAUUUGUCAUGUGACCAAACUUGAUCACGUCUGAUUUUUAUUGCAUUUUCUAUUUAAUGGAAACACUGCAGUUGUGAAAUUGUUUUGCUUUUUUCCCUAACAUUGGCAGAAAAUACCAAUGUUGACAGAAUUUUGCCCAUUUAUAAUGGAAACACAGCUAGAUGCUGCAUGUUUGACAGUAAGUGUGUUGCUCACCUGCAGCUGAGCUUUUCAAGCCAGAAACAGACAUGAAAAUGUUUCUUGGGAUAGAGAUCUUACCCAGAAUUCCACUCUUCAACUGUGCUGUUAGAGAAAGUUUGAGCCUUUUCUCCUCAUGAUUCAAGUAAAUAAAAAUUUUAGAUUCAGGACAAAGGUCUUUAAUUUUUUUAUGUGAAGAUGGAUGUGGACGUCUGAUCUGGGCUUCAUCCUCUACCUGAACAUUUUUCUACUUGCGUUACUAUUGCUGUUAAAUGUAACAAAGCACAGAUCCUAUUUAGUUAUAAUGAGAUGUUACUUUAGCACUGUGGGCCAGGAGACUUACUGAUGCAGAACCUGCUUCAACUGAAGUAGAAAUGAAAAUGUUUCCAUCAUAGACGAGAUAUAAAACUAUUACUGAAUGUUUUAAUGACUUUUGAAUUGAAUUAUCCGGUCAGUAAUUAAAAUAAUCAGACUGACAGCAUCAGAGUUUAUUUUUACCUGGGAAUCUUUUGUGGCUGACGUACCAGGAAUCUGUGCUUCCAAGUUGACCAGCACGAAAUAUUAAUGCCAACCAUUCAGUUCAGCUCACAAAAACUGGGAAUCACACUCAUGUGUUCCAUCGCUACUUUAGGUUGGGAUUUUUAUGAAUAUGGUUUUAGAUUCAGUUGUACACUAAAGAAAGUUAUUUUCCAGCUGAAGCCUUUCCUGCCUGAACACACCCUGAAGGUUAGAUAUAAAUAGGCCUGAAACUGUCAGAUUAAUUAUAAUUUAAAUAUAAUUGAAUUGAAGUGGUCAACUGAUUUAGAAGUCAAAUUAUUGUUAAUUAGCAUUGAAAAAAAGAGCAUUGGGUGCCAUAUUUCAGCCGUAACUGCUGAAAAUGUUCAGUCAUUUUGCAUUUAGGAAAAAGACACAAAACACAAGUGGCAUAGUUUUAACUUCACCUGGUCCAAAUUCACUGAAGCAAUGCUGUUAUUGCAUUUUAGGAAAUAAAUUUAUUCAAAAUUGUGUAAAAAAAAAAAAAAAAAACAACAACAAAACCCGGCAUAAGUUAAGUAAAUGAAAAAUCUGCACAAUGUGCCAAUUUCUUUUCUUCUCUGAGUGGUUAAUCAUCAAGAUGACUAAAACAAUUGUUGGUUGCAGCUGUAGUUACAGAUAAUUGGGGUCAAGGUGCAUUGUGCAGCCUUCAGUGAGUUAUAAUUGGCUUUAUAAUUGAAUAUUUCAGAUCAGAACUGACAGCACGCAGCCUUACCUGCUGCUCUGCAUGUGUUCACUUAACAGCUAGCUCAGGGAUGGGCAACUCGAGGGCCGGUCUCCUGCAACUUUUAGAUGCGUCUCCACUUCAACACACCUGAGUCAAAUAAUGAGGUCAUUAGCUGGACUCUGAAGAACUUGACUGCACUUCGGAAGUGAUUCAGCGAUUUGAUUCAGCGAUUUGAUUGGGCUGUGUUGGACCAGGGAGACGUCUAAGAGUUACAGGCCCUCGAGGACCAGGAUUGCCCACCCCUGAGCUAGCAUCACAUUCAUGUUAAUUACUGGUGUUAGCCAUGUGUAGCGUUAGCAUCUCAGUGCUCAUUUCCAGUAGAAGAACUGGACCGACCCACAGAGGUGUAAUCUGACCUCUGACCUCCGUUGCAUCCCAACAUGAAGUGCCUCCAGUGGCAGCUUAACGUUUGCAAGUGGACGCUGUGUGUGUGUGUGUGUGGUUGUGUGGGAUGUUGGCUACCUGAGGUGCGUUAGCUGCUGUCAGAGGCUCCGCUUCUCCAUACACACAUCUCCUCUGCAGUUGGGUUACUAAGACGAUGAGUAGUUCUGCAGUGGACAGUAGAGCCUGGACUUGUUUACACUGCAGCCAGAGGUAUGCUUACACAGAUGAUCUGAACAGUAAGGUAAGUGUCCCCUCCCCUCCAUGUUUCUGAUUGCAGCUGUGCUUCUUCACUCAGGAGCACUGAGGGCUUCUGGCAUCACACUGACAGGUUGGCGUCACAGUGCAGAAACGGGCCUGGACCGACCGGGGUGUGUGGGUGGGAAUGCAGCACCAUGUUGACCUCUGCUGUAUGUGUGUGUGGGCAGUACUUUACUUUUCUCCGUAUGUUUGCAACAAUACACCCGUGUGGGUCAGAACCGGAAUCCGAAUGUGUGGAGUAACACGUCGAUAUCUCCAGGCAGAACCAGAAACAAGAUUUUAGCUCCAGUUGAACUUCUUUCAACAAGCAUUUUAUCUUUUACUGUAAAAAAUAAAAUUGAGUGGUGGGAAAUGUUUUUUUCUUUUCUAAAUGUAAAGACGGGUUGAAUUCACGCAAAUAUUCAUGGUGCUGAUCUGGGGAUGUUACAUUUUGAAGGGGUAGCAUUCUGUAAAAGUGACUUAUUUUGAGAUUUACGUCGUGUUAUUACGCUACUUCUUCAUCAAAAACAUACCUGGAGGGUUUCCUGAGCCUUCAAGGCUCAGCUCCUUCAGACUAGCCAGCAGUAAUUAGAAAGCACUGCUGGGCUCAUAGGAGCUGCUGCUCAGAGCAACGCUGGUAAAAACGUUAAAGGGUUGAUGAUAGAGGAGCCGUGUUGGGGUGACUUCCUGAAGUCAUCCUCAGCGGAGUUUCAGAAGGAGCAGGAGUUUUUAAAAAGACAAGCCAAUUUAAGGACGUUAAAUUAGGAAGUAACAUUUCUUUUGAUAUCUUUGAUUUAUAGCGGUUUUGUAAUAACCAAAAGUGUUAUACUUACUUGAUUUGCUAUAAAAAGGCACUAAUUUAUAAAACGGCCCUGUUAACGAUUUGCAACAGAUUCAGAUUUCAUUCUUAUUCAUGUGCUGCUGAUUUUCUCUUGGGUUUGUUACUUUUUUCUAUUAGAAAAACCUCAGGCAGGUUUUGUGUACAAGCUGCUACUGGAUCUGUUUCUGCUCCAUACAUGAGAGGAAAUGUUUUAGUAGAGCUGAUCCUGCAGUAUUUAUGGUCCCUAAUGCAUGAAAAAAUAUCCAAAUCAUUUUUGAAACUGUUGAACUUUGACCUAAUUAGCUCCAAUACAUGAUUGAGGUUAGGAAAAUCAGUUGGUUUCUGUUUAUUCUCUUAUCUUAAACCAUGAACUGAAGGGCAGGAAACCAGCUGAAUGCUUGUUUGUCUUCUCCUUCGUUUACAUUUUUACUUCCCAUUCCACAUGAACAUCGCUUCCUGUCAGGAACUACGGAAACGUUGGCAAAGCAACUCGAAAUCAAAUCCUGACUAAAAUUAAACAAAUAUAAUUGUCUCAAAGGUAGAAUAUUAGAUUUGAACUUUAUUUUACCAUAAAUGAAUCAUACAGUUUUAUUUUUUGGACAAAGGUCUGAAAUGUAACCCCCACUCUUGUUACCAUUUUAUAUUUGAUUUAUAGCAAAUCAGUGAAAAAUGGAAAUAAUUCCAGGAAGUGUCCCUUAAAGGGGGCCUGCUGUGCAAAAUUCACACUUUGCAUAUUUUUGAACUUGCGUUUGGGUCUCUACUGCUUUUAAAACCAACCUAGGCGCUUGAUUGGUCCAUCCUGCUGGAUUUUGGCAGCAAGUUGAUGUUUUUUAGUGUCUAGAAAAGGAGCAGUUUAAAAACCUUCAGAUUAAGUCACAAUCCAUGGUACAGUGCCGGUUCCCAGAAAACCAAACUGAGCUACAACACAUUUGGUCAGCUGGUUUUAUCGCCAUAUGCUCUGUACAGUGCCUGCUGGAAAAACUUGUUUUGUUGGCUUACUAUGCAGAAACCACUUGCUGCAUUCUUGUUGGUUGUACAGGAGGCUCUACUUCUGCUUUUCAAAAAUGUUUGUUGGAUGAUUGAGCAUCUUUUUGAAGCCUUUCUGUGACAUUCAGUUUCUGUUGUGAUGUAUUUACUGUCGGAAUUAACCCAAGUGUAAAUGUGAAACUCAGAUAUAAUUAUAUUUAAAUCAGAUUAAUGUGAAAUGAUGGGAAACGUUCAGAACUCCUGUUUGAACCCAAAACCUCUGGGUGUGAUCUCCUUACCUCACCUUCUGCAGGCGGUAGUUCUUAUUUGUUUCAUUUUUUUGUAAAAGUAAUGCACAUUUUUAUGAUCAACAAUUACAUUUUAUUUAUAAAAGCUGGUUUGAAUGAGUCAAUGAGACAUUUUUGUUCUUUUGGAGAUUUGAGUCACAGAUUUUAAGUCAGAUUCUACAAAAUCUAGCGAUUCAAAAUGUGUAUCUGGACAAUAUAUAUGUAUAUUUUUAAAUGUCUGCACAAAGUCAAACUGGCAUUUAGAGGAUUAAAAUCUAUCUGAUCAAUAUUUAAUUUUUCCAUUAAUGGAAUAGAAAAAUGUGAAGAGCAGCUUUUUGAAUUUUUAUCUUUAAUGAUACAAAGACGGUCAGUUUUUAAUCUGCUAGAGAAAAUAAUCCAGUCAAUAUUUUCUGUUUACGCAUCAAUUUAAAGUGACCUCAUUUAAAUGUUUGAAUGUUUUAUAGUUUUGAGCAAAACUGAAGUUUCAUCGAUUUAUGCAGGAAAAGUAACUUUGUUGCUUUUUUCCAUAUGUGGGCAAUGUUUUCCUUAGUUUUAAGAUUUCCAGUUUUCUAAACUCAAACUAAAAAUUGGGCCGUGUUCUAUAAUUGAGGAAAAUGUCAAUAGAAUCAACCUUAUUGAUCAGUUAUUGAUCUGGGCUGCUAAAUCAUUACAUUUGGAAAAGUGUUACUUUGCUGCAGUAAAUGCAUAAACUGUUCAGGUUUGGAUUCUUGGCAGAACCCUGAUGGGAAGAAACAAACCAAUCCAUGAAUUUGAAAAUCGUUUUAGAAGAGUUAUAUUAUAUUUUCUUAAUGACUCACUUCCUGUUUUUGCUGUAAAACGUUUCCUGCUGCAGUAAACGACCUGAUAAGUCAUUUGGUCUCUUAUUGCAGAAUAUCUGCUGAUUAUUUUAUGUUUCACUUUCUCUUGCUCCUGAACUGGAGGCGAACCUCUUCAUGUUGGUACUGGAAGCGCCGUGGUUUGGACCGGGUCGGGCUUUUUUUAAAAUUUCCUCUGCAGUUUUUCUGUGUCUGAGUCUAAACUUCGGGUCAGUCGAUGGUCGUCUUGGUUCUGUUCAGCUGAUUGUUUGUAGUCGUGUUGGCAGGGAAAUAUUUCAGCCAACAGAACCAGAAGAUUUGGAUCAGAACCGGCCUGUGGUUGGUGUUCAGUGUGGAAACUCUUCUUCUCUAGCUCAUGGAGGUUCUGGUUCUCCCAGAUCCUCAGAGGAAGUUUUAUCCAUCUGCACUGUGACCCAUUUCUCCAAACAGAACCUUUUUAUCCAAUCGGCCCAAACCGCCCCUCCCGUCUCAGUGUGAUGCCAGAAUGUCCCUGUUGACCUUAGAUGACCCCUUGUGUCUAAAAGGGCGUCGAGUCUUAAAGUGUUGAUGCCGCUCUGCCGGGUCGGUACCAGCUGCGGUACCAGGACCGCCUUCAUGCCUGCUGACUCAAACAGCAGCUCAUUCUAACUGAUUCUAACACGACCUGUGUCCCGACACACAGCUGCUGACCAAUCACAGCCAGGCUCUCACUCUGUGUUCUUCUCACCUCAGGAGCCUCGACCAAUCAGAGGAGGCUGACGGUUCCACCUGAGCAGCCACGGUAAAAAUCACACCUGAAGUCUGAGAGCAGGAAGCCACAGAGGCUGAAGUCUGAAUCCAUCAGGAAGAUUUAAAACAACUCGGUGCAGGAAGGGAGAGAUGCAGGUGGCGCUGCAGUACCGGGAUGCAACCAGCAGGGGGAGACAUCCAGCAGACAGAUUCUGUUUUUUCUGUUGGAAAAUAAACGAGCAAAAAAUUUUUGUUCAUGCCUGAGUUUAUUCAACUGAAAGAAGCAAAAGUUCAGGCUAUAUAAGCCCAGAGUUGAGUAGUUUAGUUACAUUUACUUGAGUAAUUUGGGGGCAGAGAGAUUUGUACUUUUAGGGAGUAUUUAUAUUACAUGAUACUUUUUGCUUUUGCUUGAAGCAUUAAGUAAAAUUUAUGAAUAUUCUACUGGUGAGAGUAACUUCACUGAAUGAAGAACAAACUCGUUUUAACUAAAAAUUCCCCAGACAUGCCUGCAGUGUUUAUUUGGAAAAAUGUUUCUCUUGCUGGAUUUGUAAUCAUUUAAUUUUGGUCUGUAAAAAAACAUUUCCACAUAAAUUUAUAUUGUGGUCCAUUUGAUAAUGCAUUUCUUAAACAUUAAAUAAUUGUUCUGAUCAGUUA